GGCCGUGCUGGCGUGCCACGUCAUACCUCUGAAAUUGGAUAUAUUAUCCGAACUUGCGUUCCGAUGGCCAACGUGGCAAGCAUCGCCCAUGCGGUCUUGGCGCCCGAGAUCACCGAGAUGAUUGCGCUGCUGCUGCCAGGGCCCGAUGCCCUUGUCACGUUCAUGGGCGCGCUGCCGGCGUGGGCCAAGACCCCGGCGCUCGCCGCUCUCUCACGAUUGUUCUCGAUUCCGACUCUAGCAUCGGUGGCAUGGCCUUCGAUCACCGUGCGCCGCCCACAUCUCUCGAGCGCGACGUCCCAUGACCUUGCCGCUGUCAUCCCGCUGCGUCCACGCAUCCACGUUGCCUACGCGAUCAGCGCGCGCGACGACUUUGCGGUUGUCGCCGGGGCCGCCUCGUGCAUCUCGUCGCUGCGGUUUGACAUUCAGGAUGCUCUCGAUCAAGCGACGUGGACCUUCUUCCGCUCGACUGUUGCCUCGUGCACGCGCCUCGAGAGCCUCGACUAUACCGAUCGGACAGGCGGCGACAACGCGCUCGGCGGUGUCUUCAUGGACCUUCCGCGCCUCACGUCGCUCUCGCUCGGCAGUCGCAUGGAUGGCAGCGAGGUCCACCUGACGACCGGCUUUUGCGAGCGCUUCGCCAUCUGGCUGCAGACGAUGCCCGUGGUCACCUUGAAGUUUGGUCAUGUCGCACUGGACGUCGAGCCAACAUCGGCACUCUGCGGCGCUCUCUGUGACGCGAUCGCAUCCAAUGACACGCUCACGUCACUGGCUCUCAACAACGUCAACGUGUUUGAAGGUGCCUUCUUGCACGGACGAGCGCUGCCGACGAACUUGACGUCGCUCGAGUGGGACAAGGACGACGUGCACGAUGACAACGGCACUGACGAAGGCUUGGCAAACUUUGUGACUGCGCUCAUCGAAGGUCCGCACCUGCGACAUCUCGGCUGCAAGCGAUUCGAAGAGCUCUGGGAGCACGACGAGGUAGUCGAGAAGCUCCGACACCUCACGUCCCUCGAGGUUCAAGCAGUCGACUUGGAGGUGCUAGAGCUUUUGACGCACCUGCCAGACGUAGAAGAGCUCAACGUCAAGGGCUCGAUCUUAGAGUACGAGGUCGUACACGAGCUCGUGAGCGUGCUGUGCAGCUGCCAAAACCUCCGGGCGCUCACGAUGAAGCACAACAACCUUGGUCCGACCGACCUCGAGCUUGUACUACAGCACGUACCACAGAUGCCUCGCCUGCAGCACCUCGAUGUCUCGGAGCACCAACUCACCAUGGACGACAUCCUCGGAAUGCUUGCAGCGCUCAACACGGCGGCGAUGAGACUCCAGACCAUCCGACUGCAUGGCUUCUGGGGGCCCCUCGAGAUUGAGGCGUUUGCAAACGCUGUCGCCCACCUACCACAGCGCCAUGUUGCGCUCGUGCCCCGUCUGCCCGACCCAUGGAGUGCCGAGAUCCAGGCGUUUUGCACGCGGUCAAUCCACGAGUACAACCUCGCGCCACAAGCCGGCUCCACACAGUGCAUAGUCUAUUUCUAGUCGUGUUUCUUCUAAAGUCCAUGUAUUGUCUUCAUGCUA